GUCAACACAUGAUAACUGUGAGCAGACGGUAUUUUGUUUUGGUGGUAGGAGGACUCGAAUUCAUUUUGUAAUGUUAAAUGACGACAAAAUGACCAUCUUGCUUUAUAACGUGGAUCGGUUAUUUUUUGUGUUGUCGGCCGGAUAGAGGAAGUAAGGUGGAGAAGAAUUUCUCUCUAAUUUACGUUUUCUAAAUGAAGAGUCGGGAUGCGCUCUUCGCUGCUAAGGGGUACUGGUGACUGUCGUCUGCUUUGGGAUGGAAUUGUGAAACACGUGCUGUUGCUUUCUCUUUUUCUUUUUGGGAUGUGCCUAGAUCAUGCAGGCGUCAACGCGUUUCUCUGUCCCUCAUCGUGUGACAAAAGUGCGUGCCCCGAACCCACAGGGUGUUCCCGGGGUAAGACGCUGGACGUCUGUGGAUGCUGUGAAGUCUGUGGGCUGGACCUUAAUGCGACUUGUGGGGGACCGUUUGGAGUCCACGGUAGAUGUGGGGAGGGCUUAGAAUGUGCCCUGUCCUCCGAGGUGGGGGGACGUAUUCGAGGAAGCGCCAUCGGGAUAUGUCGAGAAAUCAUUCCAAAGAAAUGUGAGGGAGUGAGAUGUGACAAUACAAUUAUAAGAACAUGUCCAGUGGACUCAACCCUUGUUCAGAUUGAAAGCAAAGACAGUUGUUGUAAAGUCAGUUACCAAUGUGUAUGCAACAAAAACUCAUGCAGAAGGACGACCUGUGCACCAGGGUUUGAGAGUGUCCUUCACCACCCUGCAGAAGGUCACCCGGGGUCAUGCUGCGACCAAUAUGUCUGCAAACUAUCAGAGAAGUGCCAGUCAGUGGAUUGUCCAUGGAUCCAGGACCUGCUGCCCGAGUGUCCGGCAGACAGCCACUUGUUACCCAGUGUUCAAAGUAAAGAUGGCUGCUGUCUCCAACCCCCAGGGUGUGAGUGUGACAGGUGCCCCCCAGAGUUGUGUCCCAGCGGUCUGCGUGUCCAGGUCCUGGAGGAGGGGCAGGGCACCCCGGGGCAGUGCUGCAGCAAGUACAGAUGUGUCAAUGAAACUGACCUCAACUGUCGCACAGAACUAACUGGGACCGAGAAGCUAUACCUGGAUGGUCAGAGCUGGAGGCCGGAUAAGUGUGUCAAAUGUACCUGUAAACGAGGACUGACAUUCUGUAAACAGGAGUCGUGUCACAACGUCACCAUAUGUCCUUAUAUGGAAAGCACGGAGGGAGAGUGCUGCCCUGUCUGUAAAGGUUGUAUGACUAGGUCUGGAGAUAUUGUACACAACAACGUCACUUGGCCAGAGAAUGACUGCACAAUCUGCACGUGUAUCGAUGGGAAGGCAGAAUGCAAGUCCAUGCUGUGUGAAACCAGGUGUUCCAAUCCCAGGAAAGUCCCAGGACAGUGCUGUCCAGUCUGUGAUGAAGAUGAGUCUUUCCGACAGCCAGAACAGUGUCCAGACCUACACAAGUGCUCCCUGUUAUGUCCUAAUGGCCUCCAGUUCACCAAGGAUGGAUGCUACAUGUGCAAAUGCAAACCUGCCAACUGUUACUUGGACUGUAAGGAAGGGUAUAAGAUGAACGAAGAAGGAGUAGAAAUCUGUGAGUGUGCCAAUCCCCACCCCGUCUGUCCGUCAAUGGAGGACUGUAAAAAACAGUGCACAUACGGUCUUAAAGUGUCUCGCAAUGGCUGCCACAAGUGUAGCUGUAUCAAGUGUCCAACAUUCUCCUGCAGCAAGAAGUGUGUCCAUGGUUACAGCGUAAACCGACAGGGCUGUAAACUCUGUAAAUGUAAAGAUAGCAGUAGAUAUGAUAUCACACCCCCUACAACAGAAUCCAGGAACACCUGUUUGUCUGUGGAUGGUCAGCUACAUGAGGACGGGGACUCCUGGCAUGACGGAUGUCGCCUUUGUUACUGUUAUGGGGGUCAGGAGAUGUGUGCCCUCAUCUCGUGCCCCAGACCCUAUUGUAGCAUCCCCGUGUUCAGACUGGGCGAUUGCUGCCCCUCCUGUCCUGGAAACGUAAUACUGCCGCAGUCUAAAGGGACCCAUGAGAUGUGCAAGUCGUUGGAUGGGCGUUACUUUGUGGAGGGGGAGACUUGGCACCUAGACAACUGUACCCAGUGUAUCUGUCACAAUGGCAGCAUUCUCUGUGAGACCCAUGCCUGUCCCCCGGUGCUCUGUAGCUAUCCCACAAUCCUUCCAAACUCGUGCUGUCCAGUCUGCAAAGAAGAGGACAAAUCUUUGGACCUGACACCUAUUCACCUGCCUCAAAAGCGUACCUGUCGGUCGGAGACUGGGGGGUACCUGUACAAUGAUGGGGAUAUGUGGAAGACCAACCCCUGUCAGAGCUGUACCUGUCGCAAUGGUCAGGUCCACUGCUUUUCCCAGGUGUGCCCCACAGUCACCUGCUCCAAGUCAGUCCUACGCAAGGGAAGCUGCUGUCCCACUUGUCUCGACUUCAGCCAUCAGAAGGUUUGUAUGGACAGAGGUGUGACCUAUGCUUUGGGGGAGCAAUGGCUGCAGAACAACUGUACAAAGUGUUACUGUGUUGAUGGUAAAACCAUGUGUGCUGAUCUCCCAUGUCCCCCCAUCAACUGUAAAUUUAUGUCCAAGGUUCCUGGGAAGUGCUGUCCAGUGUGUGUGGAUGAAGAAACAACAGUCGAAGUCAGAACUUUGCCAAAACCUGAUCCUUCUGUAAUUGUCCAAGUGGAGGCAAAAAGAGAUCCUGUGGGGAGCAAUGAUGAGGCCACCACCACCAUUAUCUGUGUCCUGGCUGUCAUGGUGAUUAUCCUCCUUCUCCUGUUUGUGUUUUACUUUGUCUUCAAAUUCGGGAGAAAGAGAUCUGGAAGCAAGAAGUAUUCGCCGAAAGGUGCAGACCUGGAAAACAUACAACCCGUGCAGGUCAAACUGCUGGGCUACGAGACCGCCGAGAAACCCGCUAACCCCCAGCAAUCAUGGAAUGCCGAUUUAUUGGCUGUCUCCAGGCUAAGUGAUGAGGAAAAACAUGUCAAUUUACUAAGCAAAGAGUUUGAUAAGACAAACUGUGUUAAGUUUGAUGAUGGUAUUUACUGAUAACAUGGACGAAAUCAAAUGCAGGAGGUUGCGAAGAGGAAGGAGGUAGAUAAGCAUCAUGACACGUACAUAUCCGUUUUAUCAAGAACAGGCGUCAUUCAUACAGGUUCAUUUUAUAUGUCUCUAUUUAUCCAUUAAUUUUGAGAAUUUUUGUUUUUCACAUUUGGGAAUAGGGGCAGUGCUUUCAUAGGCAGAAAGGGUUUUUUCUUAUCCUUGAUUAAACUAAUGUUAACAAAAAGAUUCAAUAUCUAUUAGGCUAGGCUUUUUAUUUUUUGUGGAUGAAGAUUGCAUUAAAAAUGAAAUUUUAAAAACUCGGAACUGAUUUAGGUAUUAACUUUGAUAGACUAUGUGGUAUCAUCCUCCAUGAAAAUAUACAUGUAUUUACCCUAUGAUAGUGUUCAAAUCUUCAUAAAUCAUGCAUGGUAAAUUGUAUAAUGUAGAUUAUUAUUGCUAUUGAUUUCAUUACUUGCAAAGCAAGACAUAUUUCAUCUAUUUAUAUUUUUUCUCUCAUUUUUUUUCUUACCUUUUUCUCUGCAUAUUUCAUUGUAUGUAAUAUACAGAAAAACUGUUAGGAAUCUAGCUCCGAAGGGUAUUGACACGAUCUGUAGUGGUUUUGUAACAUGUGUAGAACUUAAUGGUUUUGUAAGGUGUAGAAUUAUAUAUAAGAUCCGUUGAAGCUUGAUCGAGUAGAAGCUAGGGGUAAACAUGUAGAAAGUGAUCAAACAAAUUUAGUAUAUACAAUGAAUUAUGACUGCCAAGCAGUUUUCAUUUUGAUUUUUUUUUCUAUCAUCAGUCACCCACUUUCAGUUUGCAUAAUGCUGUAUAUAAAUCUUUCACUGAGCUGCAUAAUGUUUUGCAUGGUAUCGUGUAGUUAUGAAUAUCCAUUUUUGUUAUUAUGAACUGAUAUUUUUAUAUUAUAUAUUGCAUUCAAUUAAUUGUCAUAUUUAAAUGAUCAAUCCAUCACGUUAUUGAAUUCACGAUAGUCUGCACUUUGUAGACCGUCUUGUAUUUUAUUGUGAGUUUUUACCCAUAACGAUAUUUUCUGUGCAUUCUCUGAAGGGCAAAUUCCAAGGUUGUGACAUACUUCUAAGACAGUAUUGAAAUUAUUUUUGCUGCUUUGGUGUGUACAUAUGCACUUAUUUUGAAAGAAGAUCCCAUGUUCAGAUUCGUUGUUUGUUUUGUGAAUGUUUGUGCGAGUGUGUGACAUAAAAUUCUUCUCUUAGCUUUCCAAUUGUCCAUUAAUGUUAAAAGUAUAAAAAAAAAUACCAGUAAAUUUAUAAUGUGCAGUGUUUAUUUUAAUGUUUAAAGGAUGUGGGGAAAACCUUUUGAAUUUAAAUAAGAUGAAAUUGUCAAGAUUAAAACUGAGAAAUGAUCUGAGUUGUCUAAAGAUGGUUUGUGUAUUAAUUUGUAUUUACAUAGCUGAUACAGGGAUACCCACUUUCACCUUUACUAUUCAUUUAUACAUUUAACAAAGUGCUUCUCUAGUUAUCAUAAGGCUUUGAUCAAUGCAACAUUUCUAUCAUUGAUAAUAGUAUGUACAGUUAUAAUAUAAAGACAUUUUUUUGAAAUGUUGAUGCAUUUUUUGUUGGUUUGUAAGAAUUUAUGAAACAUAUUGCCACAAAAAAAACAUGAUGUCAAAGUAAUGAAAUGCCAUUAAUGUGCAUUGUUGAUAAUUAUAUAAUUAAUAAACAGUGCUCUUUUUUAUGAAAUUCAUUUGUAUAUUGUUGUAAUUUGUUUUGUCAAUAUGAAAUUAAAAAAAAAAAAAUAC